AUGCCCAACCUGAUCAAGAUUUUGUUUAUUGGCAACAAGAUCAAGACAGUUGAAUCUGGAGCUUUUGACAGCUUGGAGAAGCUGAGGGACUUGGAGAUAUCUGGUGCCUCGUUAGAAGAACUACCUGUGGGCACUUUCCAAAACCUCCCAAGCUUGCAGAGGCUGGAGCUGAGAGACAGCCACCUCAGAUACAUCCCCAAAGGCCUGUUUGAUGGGCUGGAAAAUUUGGGAGAGCUCUCCUUGCACAUCAAUGCAAUCCAUUCUCUUCCAGAGGGCGUUUUUGAUUCUCUCGUCAAUCUAACAUUUUUGGACCUGGCUAGAAACAGGAUCAUGACUGUUCCUGGGAAUGCCUUCAGCAAACUCUCCCAGCUGCGAGUCCUCCGGCUGUAUGAGAACGAGUUGCAGGACCUCCCAGAGGGGCUGCUGGACAGUCAGCCAGGGCUGCUGGAGCUCAGCCUGCAGAGGAACAGGCUCAAGAUGCUGCCACCCAUGCUUCUGAGGAACCUGCCUCACCUGGAGAAACUCCUCUUGGACAACAACCUCAUCGGAGUUCUCCCAGCUCAGGGCUUUUUUGGUUUAAACAAAUUGAAACUGCUGACUCUGGGUUCAAACCACAUUACGGAGCUCCCCUGCUGCCUUUUUGACACCAUGCCACACCUACGGGAGCUGGACCUGGGCAGGAACAGUUUGGCCACACUUCCAGAUGGUGUCUUUGUCAACCUCACAUCUCUUGGCAAACUCAUCUUGUCCCACAACCAGCUAGCAGCCCUGCCAAGAGGAGCCUUCACUGGGCUCAGCAAGCUCUUGGACCUCCAGCUGGACACAAAUCAGCUCUCUGCUCUGGAUGAUGAGGUCUUUGCUCCUCUCUCAAAUCUGAAAACCCUCAACCUUCGGAAGAACCAGCUGGAGAGUGUCCCCCGAGGGCUUCUGGACCCCCUGAAGAAGCUCAGCUCAGUGUAUCUGAGUGGGAACCCAUGGAGAUGUGACUGCAACCUCUGCUACCUGCACAGCUGGAUCUUGGGCAACAGCGAGAAGGUCAAAUUGUCCACCCAAGUGUCAUGCAAGAGUCCACCCCACCUGGCAGGCGCCAACCACAUUGUCACUGGCAGCUUUUCCCAUCAUGGCACUGCCAACUAUGCUGUCUCCCAUGGCCACCUCUGCCAUGUUGCCAACCAUGCCAGUGGAGGCCUUCUUCACCACUCCAUCACCAACUGUGCCAUCUAA